UGCGUACUGUGGUUGCGUACCAGGACGGCGGUUUUGUGAGUGGGAAAACGGGAGUCUGGAAGAAGAUACUGGCAUCGGCUUGGAGAAUUGGAUUAAAAAAUAUAUAUAUUUUAAUCUUAUUUACUUAAAUAUUUUUUAUUAUGGGGGACCUAUGAUGAGGAGAUCUUCGCUCUGCUCCAGGUGACAGACUGAAUCAUGGCUCAGUUUCCAACACCCUUCACAGGGGGCCUGGAUGCCUGGGUCAUCUCUGUAGAUGAAAGGGCCAAACAUGACCAGCAGUUCCACGGUCUGAGCCCCACCCCAGCCGGCUUCAUCACAGGUGACCAGGCCAGGAACUUCUUCCUGCAGUCCGGCCUGUCCCAGCCCAUCCUGGCACAGAUAUGGGCUCUAGCUGAUAUGAAUAAUGAUGGUAAGAUGGACGCCCAUGAGUUCUCCAUCGCCAUGAAGCUGAUCAAGCUGAGGCUGCAGGGUCACCCCCUGCCCCCAUCGCUGCCCCCCGCCAUGAAGCAGCCGCCCCUCCCCUUGCCCUCGGCCCCGCCCUUUGGUAUGCCAGGGAUGCCAGGUCUUUCAGGAGUUCCCCCUGUGCCCAUAGCUCCUCUUCCAGGGGUGGGCGUGUCUCCCCCCCUCAUCUCCUCUGUGCCUCCUCCCGCCGUGCCCCCCAUGGCCAAUGGAGCCCCCGCCAUGAUCCCUCCCCUCAGUGGCUUCUCGCAUCCAGCCGCAGCUCUCAAUAAGAGCUCCUCGUUCAACCGCUCCAGCCUGAAGCAGCAGAAAGGCCAGUCCUUCGAUGCGCCCAGCUCGGCAGCGCCCCCUCCUGACUGGGCUGUCCCACAGUCUUCGAGGUUAAAAUACCGGCAGCUUUUCAACAGCCACGACAAAAUGAUGAGCGGCCAUCUCACAGGACCACAAGCAAGAACCAUCCUGAUGCAGUCCAGUUUACCUCAAGCCCAGCUAGCAUCAAUCUGGAACCUGUCGGAUAUCGACCAGGACGGCAAGCUGACCGCUGAGGAGUUCAUCCUGGCCAUGCACCUUAUCGACAUGGCGAUGUCCGGCCUGCCCCUCCCCCCAGUACUGCCCCCUGACUUCAUCCCGCCCACUUUCCGAAGAGUCCGUUCGGGCAGUGGAAUCUCGGUGACCAGCGUGCAUGCAGCUGAGCAGCGGGCACAGGAAGAGCCUGAGGAAGAGGAGCAGCAGACUGCAGAGAAAAGGCUUCCAGUGACGUUUGAGGAUAAGAAGCGUGAGAAUUUUGAGCGAGGGAACCUGGAGCUGGAGAAGAGGAGGCAGGCCCUGCAGGAGCAGCAGAGGAAGGAGCAGGAGCGGCUGGCUGCCCUGGAGCGGCAGGAGCAGGAGAGGAGGGAGCAGGAGCGCCUGCAGCAGGAGAGGCGCAGGCAGCAGGAGCUGGAGAAACAGCUGGAAAAACAGAGAGAGCUGGAGAGGCAGAGAGAGGAGGAGAGACGCAAGGAGAUAGAGAGGAGAGAGGCAGCUAAGCGGGAGUUGGAGAGGCAGAGGCAGCUGGAGUGGGAGAGGAGCCGCAGGCAGGAGCUGCUGAUCCAGAGGAACCGCGAGCAGGAGAGCAUGGUGCAGCUGAAGGCCCGCAAGAAGACCCUGGAGCUCCAGCUGGAGGCGCUGAACGAUAAGAAGCAGCAGCUGGAGGGGAAGCUGCAGGAUCUGCGUUUCCGUCUGUCUGCGCAACGACAUGAGAUCGAGAGCACCAACAAGACCCGCGAGCUGCGCAUCGCCGAGAUCACGCACCUGCAGAGGCAGCUGCAGGAGUCACAGCAGUGGCUGGGCCGGCUCAUCCCUGAGAAACAGUGUCUGAAUGAGCAACUGAAACAGGUCCAACAGAACAGCCUGCACAACGACUCCCUGCUAACCCUGCGGAAGGCUCUGGAAGUGAAGGAGUCCACCCGGCAGCAGCUCAGAGACCAACUGGAUGCUCUGGAACGAGAGACUCGAUCCAAAUUGUUGGAGAUUGAUGCCUUCAACAGCCAGCUAAAGGAGCUGAGGGAGAUCCACAGUAGGCAACAGAGGCAGAAGCAGAAGGAGCUGGAGGGAGAGCUGGGCCAGGAGUCUGACAUGAAGGGGGACCUUAAGGAGGACAGGCUGGACCCUGUGCAGGAGGAGGUGUCAGUGGUUUGGAAGGGGGAGGAGAGAGAACAGGUCCCGCCCCCUACCCCACCCCCUCAGCCCUGGAUGGCGCGGGUGUCGGAGGACGAGGGGCAGAGCAGGAAGGAGGUGCAAAACAAACUCAACAAGCUCUUCCUGCAGCAGCCUGACCAAGUAACCCCUGCCACACAGUCCCCCUGGCCCACAGAGAAAGUUCCGGUGAGCGGGUUUAACCAGGACAAGGUGAAGGUGGUUUUCUACCGGGCGCUGUACCCAUUUGAGGCGAGGAGCCACGACGAGAUCACCAUCCAGCCCGGGGACAUCCAGGUGAAAGGGGAGUGGGUGGAUGAGUCCCAGACGGGCGAGCCUGGUUGGUUGGGCGGGGAGCUGAACGGGAAGACGGGCUGGUUUCCCGCCAACUACGCCGAGAAGAUGCCCGAAGCAGAGGUGUCCGUCAGCCUGCGCUCUGCGGCGGGAUCGGGAUCCGCCCCCAAACUGGCUGCCCGCACCACGCCCACUUCUGCCUCGGCCACGCCCACCACUGCCCCCACGCAGCCCCCGCCCCUGGAGGCCCUGCCGACUCCGCCCCCAGCCACGCCUGCUGCCCCAGCUGUCCCCACACCCUCCACGUCCUCUUCCUCGUCCAGCAACUGGGCAGACUUCAGCACCACGUGGCCCUCCAGUACGGUGGAUAAGUCGGAGGUUGAUGGCUGGGACUCCUGGCCCACGCAGCCCUCUCUCUCAGUCCCCACUGCUGGCCAACUCCGGCAACGCUCCGCCUUCACCCCUGCCACUCUCACUGGCUCCUCCCCCUCCCCCGUCCUGGGACAGGGGGAGAAGGUAGAGGGUUUGCAGGCACAGGCACUGUACCCCUGGAGGGCUAAGAAGGACAACCACCUGAACUUCAAUAAGAGUGAUGUCAUCACGGUCCUGGAGCAGCAGGACAUGUGGUGGUUUGGGGAGGUGCAGGGCCUGAGGGGCUGGUUCCCCAAGUCUUACGUCAAGCUCAUCUCCGGCCCUCUGCGCCAGCCUAUCAGUGUUGAGUCAGGUUCAACUGAGAGCCCCCCCAUUGUGAAGAGACCCAGCCCGUCCUCCAGCAAACCCUUGGAGCCUGGGGAAGAGUUCAUAGCGAUGUACACGUAUGAGAGCAACGAGCAGGGGGACCUGACCUUCCAGCAGGGCGAUGUGAUUGUGGUGCUGAAGAAGGAAGGCGACUGGUGGACCGGGGCAGUGGGGGACAGGACCGGCGUGUUCCCCUCGAACUACGUCAAACCUCGGGACUCUGAGGGUCUGGGGCCUGCUGGAAAGACUGGCAGUCUGGGUAAGAAGCCAGAGAUUGCGCAGGUGAUCGCCCCCUACAGCGCGACAGGGGCGGAGCAGCUCACACUGGCUCCCGGCCAACUCAUCCUCAUCAGGAAGAAGAACCCAGGAGGCUGGUGGGAGGGAGAGCUGCAGGCUCGGGGGAAGAAGCGCCAGAUUGGGUGGUUCCCAGCCAAUUACGUGAAGCUGCUAAGUCCCAGCACCAAUAAGACCACACCCACAGAGCCCACACCCCCAAAACCACCAGUUCCCAGCGCAGUGUGCCAAGUGAUUGGCAUGUACGACUACAUCGCCCAGAACGAUGACGAGCUGGCCUUUGGGAAGGGCCAGAUCAUCAAUGUGCUCAGCAAGGAGGAUCCUGAUUGGUGGAAAGGGGAGCUGAACGGGUCCGUGGGUCUCUUCCCCUCCAACUACGUCAAAUUGACCACUGAUACUGACCCCAGCCAGCAGUGGUGUGCUGACUUGCACCUGCUGGACAUGCUGACCCCCACGGAGAGGAAGAGGCAAGGCUACAUCCACGAGCUCAUCGUCACUGAGGAGAACUACGUCAACGACCUGCAACUGGUCACCGAGGUCUUUCAGAAGCCGCUGUUGGAGUCAGAGGUGCUGACAGAGAAGGAGGUGGCCAUGAUCUUUGUCAACUGGAAGGAGCUCAUCAUGUGCAACAUCAAGCUGCUCAAGGCACUGCGGGUCAGGAAGAAGAUGUCAGGUGAGCGGAUGCCGGUGAAGAUGAUUGGUGACAUCCUGACUGCGCAGCUGCCACACAUGCAGCCGUAUAUCCGCUUCUGCAGCUGCCAGCUCAACGGCGCCACCCUCAUCCAGCACAAGACCGAUGAGCUGCCUGACUUCAAAGACUUCGUCAAGAGGCUGGCCAUGGACCCGCGCUGCAAAGGCAUGCCUCUGUCCAGCUUCCUGCUCAAACCCAUGCAGAGAGUCACCCGCUACCCCCUCAUUAUUAAAAAUAUCCUGGAGAACACUCCGGAAAGCCACCCGGACCACAGCCACCUGAAGCAGGCCCUGGAGAAGGCGGAGGAGCUGUGCUCUCAGGUGAACGAGGGUGUGAGGGAGAAGGAGAACUCGGACCGGCUGGAGUGGAUCCAGGCCCACGUGCAGUGUGAGGGGCUGUCUGAGCAAUUGGUAUUCAAUUCUGUGACCAACUGCUUGGGACCGCGUAAGUUUCUGCACAGUGGCAAGCUGUACAAGGCCAAGAGCAACAAGGAGCUGUACGGCUUCCUGUUCAACGACUUCCUGCUGCUGACACAGAUCAUAAAACCCCUGGGGUCCUCUGGCUCCGAGAAGGUCUUCAGCCCCAAGUCCCACCUGCAGUACCGCAUGUACAAGACUCCCAUUUUCCUCAAUGAGGUUCUGGUAAAGCUGCCCACGGACCCAUCAGGAGAUGAACCCAUUUUCCACAUCUCCCACAUCGACCGUGUCUACACCCUACGGGCCGAGAGCAUCAAUGAGAGGACUGCCUGGGUGCAGAAGAUCAAAGCGGCGUCAGAGCUCUACAUUGAGACGGAGAAGAGGAAGCGGGAGAAGGCUUACCUGGUUCGCUCUCAGAGGGCCACUGGCAUUGGGAGAUUGAUGGUGAACAUCGUGGAGGGAAUUGAGCUGAAACCCUGCCGAUCUCAUGGUAAGAGUAACCCGUACUGCGAGGUUACAAUGGGGUCCCAGUGCCACAUCACCAAGACCCUGCAGGACACGCUGAACCCCAAAUGGAACUCCAACUGCCAGUUCUUCAUCAAGGACCUGGAGCAGGACGUCCUGUGUGUGACUGUGUUCGAGAGGGACCAGUUCUCCCCUGACGACUUCCUGGGCAGAACAGAGAUUCGGCUGGCGGACAUCAAGAAGGACCAGGGCUCCAAGGGACCAAUCACAAAGCGUCUGCUCCUCCAUGAGGUCCCAACGGGGGAGAUAGUGGUGCGGCUGGACCUGCAGCUCUUUGACGAGCCCUGACCCUGUUCCCCUGAUCCCUGCAGCCCUGCAGCCCUGCAACCCUGCAACCCCACCCAGUGUUUCCACCCCACUGCUGUCGCCUGUGUGUGUGCGUGGUGGGUGUGUGCUUGGGUGUGUGUGUGUGUGUGUAUGUGUGUGUGUGUCUUUGUGUGUGUCGUUGUGGGUGUGCACGCACACACGUACUCACAGUUGUGGUGAUGCACAUGUGUGUGCUUAUGAGUGUUUGUGUCUGCAAAAGCUGUUUAGAUCAUUUUGAGUGAUUAAUUCACUUGUUUAUUUUACUGAUGUUAUUAUUAUUAUUAUUAUUAUUGAGAGUGAUGUAAUAUUGUGUUUUUUUACAUUGCCAUGAUUCGUGGAUCUGACAUUAGUGAGAUUCUAUCUUUACUGCCAUCUUGGUUUUAAUUUAUUUAUUAACUAUGAAUAUUUAAACAGAAGCAGUCAUAAGACACACACACACACACACACCAGCAUAGUACAAUUUUGUAGCAUUAUUUCACCGCCCCAACACAGUGUCACAUGGCUGGACUAUUUACAAUCAAUCAGUGAAGUUGGAUAGCAAAGCAGACCUCUAGGGAACGUAGGUGUUGAACGUGUGAAGCAAUCAAACACAAGCACUCCUCUGGGUGCUGACUCAGUGAAGGAGUGGAGGAGUGUAAUUCAGCGCAGGUGUGACUGAGGUACGCUGUCAGGUGUGUUCUGCAGAUUCAGACAGGUAGGGGCACCUGCACAAAGUUAAUCAGGUGUAAUCAAGGGGUUUCUGAGUAUCUGACUGAGUUUUUAAAAGGACUAAAGGACUAUUUUUAAAAGGAUGGAGACAAAUGUGUACAUAUAUCACUGGAACAGACUAUGAAGUGAAGGCUUAAGGCCUACAGAGAGAAACAGGGCCAGCCUGCAGACUGAAAUGUUUCUUACAAACACGAAGCAGCAAAGAAGUCCUAGACUUGGGGUGGGUUUUGGAGAGCAAAGAGAAAGCAUUCCUUUCUCAGCCAUACGACUGGCCGUUUUCUCAAAUGCUUAAAUUUAAACCUGUACAGUAUGUUUUGUAGCUCGUUGUAGCUCCUCGAUCUUUUCGAUUUAUAGAAGGUGUUCGUCUCAAACCAGGAGAGUGGCGUUGUGUUGCGAGCUUUUCUGUGCAGGGUUCUGACAGUGGAGCAGAGUGUCAGAAUCUCAGAGACGUGUCAUUGAGGCUGCGUGCUGUCGUGUCUCUCCAGCGGGUGCUGUCUCUGAGCCCACAGUUCCAGCUCAUAAACCUGCCACUUCCUGCUCUUCAUCCUGGUAACAUUCCACACUCCAGCUCCCUGGAAAAAAGGGACAUUUUCCCUUUUCAAGACUUGCCAGUGUUUAAGAUGGCAUUUGAUCUGCAAAUAUUUUCAGACAGAAAAGGUAGAUCUGUAAUUUUUUUUAAAAAUGUGUUUGCAUUGGACAUAUCACUUUCAUACGAGUUACUCACAGGUUAUUUAUAUUUUGUAGAUUUUAAUUGGUUGGAGUAAAGGUUUCAUAUCAUGAAAGGUAUUUAAUAAACAGUAAUAUUUAUUAUGAAAGUAACCAUUACUGAUUUUUACAGGAAGGUUUACACCAUACUGUUUUAUAGGAUUUUGUGGCAAAUUUUGAAUUGGGCACAUUAUCUGAAUUAGUUAUGUUGUGUUGUUUAGAAUAAUUGCACUCUUUUUAUUUGUUUUGAAAACUGGCUAGUGCAGUGACUGGUAGAACUGGUUGUUGUUGAUUUGAGGUUAUCUUCAAAUCAAGUGAUUAUAGGUCAUGCUUACCUGUGAAUGGUGAUAAGCAGUGGAUGGUACUGUAGUUGUAAAUGUUUGCAAAAAAGGUUGUUUUUGGUGUUUUUGUACUUUGUUGAUUUUGUACCUCUUCAAGGGAACAUUACUUGUAUGAGCCAGGAGAACUGAAUUCCUAUACUUUCAUGCAUAUUUUCCUUGUGUAAAAUAGCUGUUAAAAUCAUGUUUUGCACUUAAAAUGGAAGGCGUGAGGGCCAUGUGUAUCAGUCACCACAAACACAGGAUAAUAUUGCUAUUACAGUCACCACAUAAGACAAUAUUACCAUGCUUUUUCAGGCCCACCCACGUCCCAUGAGUCUUCUGGUCUUGAGGCCUUUUGGUUCCUGAAUUGUGGGUCAGGACUGUUUUAAUGGUAUUUCUAGGAAGGAGAUGAAAGUGAGCAUCACACUUCAGGUGUGACAAAGUUACAGGGAAUAGUGCAGGUCCUACUGUAGAACAGUGUGGGGGUGUGGGUGCCCCCUGCUGGUAAAGCAGUAUAAUCACCCAUUCAUUAGGAUCGCUAGGUAACAGGGAAAGAGUGAAUGUCUCUGCUGUAUAGAAGCGUCAGGCCAGUAAAGGUGGGGAAAGCACCGGUGGCUGUUUAUUACACUGGGGGCUGUAAUGCAGGUGUUUGAGCUCCAUUGGCUGUCUGCUGGAGUUGAGCUGAAACAGACUGUGUGUCAGUGUCUGCCCUGUAUCAAAUGAUGCAAAUCCAGGUUUUGAGCACAGCUCUACAGCCAGAGCUCUCCUGCCUGGACUAGGUGAUGAACCAACCAGCUGCAUGUGUUUUAUAGUUUCGGGGUUCAGGGUGUAGUGGGGGGGGGUGCAGGGAGGUAACUUUGCUCUGUUUCCUGGCAGGGCAGGAUAUAUAGGAGGGCGUAUUGCUACAGACAGACUACAGACAGCUUUUGCAGAGCCUGGAAGUAACACUGUCAGUAUGUUUGUGUGUUAGUAGUGUGUAUGAGUGUGUGUGUGGGUAUGUGUGUGCGUGUGCAUAUUGGGUGCACUUGCAUUGCGCAAGAGGACGUGGUGGAGUAGAUGUGUGCACUUCUCCCUCCCUCCCUCCCUCCCUCCCUAGUGCACUUUCUCUAUUCCAACUAAAUAAGCAAUCCUUUAUUUUUCAGUCUAGGAAGUUCUAGCGUAUCAAUUGUAAUUGUUCAGAUAAUUUAUUAAAGCAAAAUGAAGAAUAAUUCAUUAUGACCAUGAUAAUUGUGCGACAGUAUAUUGUCUUAAAUGUUGAAGAUAAAUACUCAAAUCAGCCGAGGAAGAGCUAGAUGUGCUUUGGCUGGUAGACGGGGUGGGCGGGGCGGGUCUUAUUUUCCUAAACACACACUAGGGGGUAUGCCAGUUAAUUUGUAUUAUUUGUAAUUUGUACAGUAGCUCUUACAGUAAUUCCCCUGGAUUUUAUUUUCUGCCCCUCCCUCAAUGCCCACCAGAGCAUGCAGUUAUUUUUUAUGAAGUUGUAAAUCCAUGUGUUGGGUCCCUAGUACUGAAGACCAUGUCAGCCUGGAUGUGCAGUAUGGUGAGAUGUGACAGCCUCAUUAAAACCGCCUUUUCUUUAA